UCAUGUCUCGAAAUACUGACUGGGCCAUAGGAUGGCUGCAUACGGACACAAACAAACGAAACAGCCAUGUGUGUACAUGACAUCAACAAAGACAAAGACGAUUCAUUCACUUACAUCGGGACGGCACCGAGGAGGCAAGGCACCUCUGACCAUGCUGGAAGCUAUACACGUCGGGAAGCUGCCCUGCAGACGCCCUAAAUGCGGUGACUAAUGGCGGCAAAAAGUCCAACACCUUCAUUGCAUCCGCAAUCGAUCUCCGGCCGAUGCUGUCUGCAAUAACGGCUGGCCACAU